GCAUUAGCGAACGACCAAACGAGGUCGGGCAACUCGAUUGCCGCCACCCACGACAACAUCCGGCUCUCCGCCACCGGGCGAGGCAGCCAUAAAGAGAUGGCCAGCGAAUAUGCUGCACCACUUAGCCCUGCUGCUGGCGGUCUGUCGGACUUGUUGCAGCAGCAUGGCUCGCGGGAUUACUUGGGGGCGGGCUCCCCAUCGCCGCCAAAGAGGCGCGACGACACACAAACUAACGAAUCAACGACAACCAUGAGGACGAAAAAAGCUGCGCAGAGGCUAGGUCGUGAUACCAUAGGAGAUAAGGGAUCCGGGGGAAGCCACAGGAUGAAGCCGCGGUUGUCUUCAAAUCAAAUGCCCCGCUCACUUCUGCCCGUCACGGAAAGGAAGAGCCAGGACGAAAACAGGGGGGACAUGCGGAAGAGGAAGGGAAGCAUAAAGGAGAAGAUGGACAUUGCACCGGACGGAGCCUCGGCAGGUCGAGAGGGUAGACAGUUUGCUGUUGCCAACGUGGGCAACAAUGGACGCAUUUACCUGAGGCCUACGAUACGACCUGCGCAUCAAAGGUAUCCGCAGCCGAACUUUGUAUUCCCUUCGACGCCGCCAACAACGGCCACCUCGAAACCCUCUGCUGCAUCAGCGGACAAAACUGGGAAAAAUAAAAAUGAUUCUGAUACCACAAAGACCGAAUCCAAACUGUCCCAGAUACUUAGCAGCCAAUGGACACUCCCGCCAACACCGUCGACGUCCGCGACUAGGAGAACAUUGCUCGCGGCGAGGCGGGGACGGCAUCGACGGGCGGUUUCCGACUCAACUGUCCCCGACCUCCCUGGCGCAACACCCGAAUCCGAAGCCGAUGGCCUCAAGAUUGUAAUUACACAACCAAAAGAUGACCAAAGACCAAAAUCAGUCGAGGAUAGGGAUCCUCCUGGGUUUGUUCCGGUUCUUGAUGUGUCUAUUCCAAACUGGAAGUUGGGAACUCCUCGUUUCACCCAUAUGGGCGGAGCAGACAUCCGCGGUUCCUCUUACGGGGCACCUACCGAAAUACGAUCCGACUCUACUUCCAUUGCAGGCCGAACGCCACGCAGCAUAGCUGAGUCGGUACGGGGCAAGAAGCCCAGUCCUAUCAGCAUACCGAGCAUACCGCGAGCAUUUCUGUCACAUCCCCCGACUGGAAGUCCUCCGAUUGUUCCCAUGAGCGGUUUGCCGCUGCGUCGAGCCACCUACAUCUCCACUUUCCUCGUCAUCGAGCCACGCAUGUUUGACGAUUUGACCUUCAAACCCGCUUGCGAUGACCGGUCGAUUGUUCGCUACUCCCCGCACACAGGGGCCGUGACUGCAGCGUCACCACCUCGCCUGGUUGCCGAGAUUACAUCCCCGAGCUUCCUGGACUACGAGUUGCUUUCCGACUUUUUCCUCACGUUCCGCUCCUUCCUCGAGCCUUACGACCUGCUCAAAAUGCUGAUAGCCCGACUCAGAUGGGCGCUGGCUAGGGAGGAUGAGACCGGUAUGGUGGUCCGCGUGCGGACCUUUGUGGCUCUUCGACAUUGGAUUCUCAACUACUUUAUGGAUGAUUUUGUCAUCGACUACCAACUUCGUACCAUGUUCUGUGAGUUGAUCAAUGACUUUGUGAGCGAGCUUUGUCAAGAUCAACCGGGGAGCAAAGUGCAGGUUAAGAUCUUGGGCGAACUCAAGAAGUGUUGGCGUAGAGUGUGCGCACAAUAUUGGGACAGUCCUGACUUCGACUCGUCUCUGGGCGCAGAAGCGCCGAUUAUACCAGGCGGGAUCGCUGGACAUCGCAACGCUGAUUUAACCCCGGUCUUCUGGACUCAAAAUGUAGAAGAACACCCACCUCAGCUUGGUCCUGUUGACUGUAUCUCUCCCUCCCUGCACUUUACAUCCGGAGACAUGAGCUUGCAGGUCGAUGCGCCACGCACCGCUCACAUGGACGCCGUCAUCCGUGACGACAGACCAGCUACGCCUCUCCAGCCCGACACUCUCGCCAUCGGCCACAAGAGGCCACAGCCUUCCUCGCUCAGUGUGAGCAGUAUAGAUGCAAUGUCAUGUUCAUUCCCCACCAAGAACCUUCUUUCCAUGCAACCAGGGGCCGGUCAGUUCCUUGCAGCUCACCCUGUCGACCCAAGUACUCUAUCGAGCACAUUGGUUCGGAAAGCCAGCACGCCCAAGGCACUUGCCGGGAAGCGCGUCAGGCCUCAGUCUCCGCGGCAUAAGCGCAACGGCAGUUUGACCGACUCGCUAAGGGACCACUCGCCGAAUGUGGGAGAGAAAAUAACAUACAAGAGUACUGAGGUUCUGAUGGCUUAUCCGUAUGUGGGAAGCCUCGUCAGAGGAGCCAUGUUUCCACCAGGACAAGCGUUUGUCGAAAUUCCCACCCCUGGUUCCGGCGAGGUCUCUCGGCAGACUACCGUCUUCCAACCUUACCCAGUGGAUACACAAAAGGAGAAGGCAUCUGCAUCAGCCAUGUCGGGUCAGGGUAUGCGCAAGCUGCUGAGCAGCGUCCGUCGGGCUAUCAGCACCAAAGGCCCGGGCCUAUCACCAACGCAAGGAAGUUUCUUGAACAUUUCUCCUCUUGGGCCCCGCGGUGCCACUACCAACAGGCUACCUGGCACUGCAAUCGUACCGCAGGCUCGGCCAAACCAGAAUGGUGUCAGACCUCCAGUGCGCAUCGACCUCCUCGGAGCCGAGGUGGCCGAGGACUUUAAGAAGGCCGUGCGAGAAGACGCUGCCAUCGAUGCUGCUAACAUGGGCAACGCAAUCCCAACAAUAAUCGGCGGCAUAGAGGAGGAAGAAUGCCAGGAUAACGAACGUCCAACUCUGGAUGUAGACAUCCCUGUGGAUGCAGGGCUCGAGGACACGUUUCUUCGUCCCAUCAGUGAUCAAGCGAUUACCAGUGGGAGCAAGUCUAUUGUCAUUGUCGAUGACACGGUACCACCACCGGUACCUGCCGAACCACCACUUAUGACUGGCGCCCUGCUCUCAGCUACUUUGCCCAUGGUUAACCCGUCAGUAGAAGCUUUUGCGGAUUCCUUUGCAUCUGCAGCAGAUCCGACACCACCAAACACGCCACCUGGGCACAGUCUCGGAACGCCCCGUCAAGACUCGUACAUUCUUCGACACACGCUGAUGCGUCAAUCUUACUCUGAAGAAAUUCUGCCUCCACUUGGUAGUGAGGCUGUCGGCAUCUCCAACCUGCAGUCUCGUCCCUCGGAGGAUUCAACGCGACCAUCCAUGGAUACUCCCAGGCCAUCGGACGACUACAUGCGGCAAUCGGCGCGUCGGCCCCCGCUUAGCGGCGUUCGCGGUCACUUUCGUCAACCAUCAAGCAGGUCGUAUAGAUCUAUGCAGUCGUUUGGGAGGCCACGCCAUGCCUCUUUCACAAGUGGCAUGGCCCCACAACCCACCAUGGGAAGUUUUGACGCCACCACCUUUUCCGAGCAGUCUGUGGAUGAUGCAGUUCCGACAACACCUCUGCCACAGCCAAUGCGCGUGCUUAGAAGGCGUCCUGGGGGUGAUUUGCGUGGCGUUACCAACGUCGGCCAACUUGACCAGCACCAGCUACGUAGGUCGCGGUCAGUAGGGUCUUUGACGACCUUUACAGAGUCGAUCCACAGCUCUUUCAUACGCGGCUCAGCUCAGGAAAAAAACGACGGUUUUGUGGAUGUUGUGGACGUCAUGUCGGAUUAUUACCCACAGGAGAGGGCAGCCGGUUUCUCGUUGGGUGACAUGACGCAAAAGUCUGCCAAGAAGCCUGCAUCGAUCUUCAGCACAUACUCGUCCACGCCUGUGAUGCGGCCGUCUUUUGAGGCUGAAGCCCACAAACUAGCGCAAAUCCCUGAUGAUCCAGAUGACAACGGCGGUGUCGAAUCUGCUCUUGCGAAGCUGGAGGGCAAGUACGAAAAGAAAACAUUCAAGCUUUCCAUGGAACCAAAAAAGCCCAAGACGAAGCUCCUAGGCAACUGGUCUCUGAAACUGCGUGGGGGCGGCGAAGAAGAGCAUGACACCCUGGAGAAGAAGGACCACCGCCACAAGCAUGUUGGAGACGACACUCACCUGUCUCAGCUUGUUGACCACGAUAAAGAGGACGAUGACAUGCGUGUACUGGCCGACAAUCUCUCCUCCAGCUUUCUGCCUCUGGCCGAAGCUCCCCGCCGAGAACAAUAUGGCACGUUGUCUUUCUUGUCGGGAAGUUCCGAUGAUUCAUUGUCAUCCACCCCCAUCUUAGAGCGGGGUCUAGUCGAAGACUCACAACCGGGCGAGAUUAAGGACGAUGAGUGGACAAACCGGUCAAAGUUCGAAGAAGACGAGCUUCCGACGCCUAGAGUGACCAGCGAUCGAGAAGUUUCAUACGAUCUUGUCGAGAAGACGAACAGCCUGAAUCGAAUCCAACCUGGAGACACCAUCCCUCGUUCUUCGCCAGCCAAUGGCCAUAUCGAACCCCAAUCAUUUCUGUUUGACGACGGCGACAGUGACGAUGACUCUGAAAGCGAGCUGUCCUCGGAGAUGUCUAUAGAUCUACCUGGCGACUCGGAUGAGGCCGAAGACGUGGUUGGCAGGAAGCGAAGCGACACGGUGACGUCGGUGUUGCCUGUCCACCCGCUGGGUGAGCCCAACCUCUCAAGCCGUGACAUGACAAAUAUCCACCCACUCAAGAGUCACCCACCCUCACCACCCAUGACAUUGGUGCAAGCACUGCAAAUGUCACCAGGGACAGCGAACCGGGGCCAGCUUGAUAAACAGGAGCCUCGAAAGCCUCUGCCGCUCUCCCCAGAAAUCACGCCCACUUUUGCUGCACACGAGAGGCAGCCCUCGGACCAGUCAGAUCAGGCAAAUGCUGAGGAUGCUGCGCAACAAAACUCAAAGUUUUCGGUGCAUCUUCCUUUUAUCCUUGCCUUCGACUCACAGAUAUUGGCACAGCAGUUUACUCUGAUUGAGAAGGACGCGCUCAACGAGAUCGACUGGAAGGAGCUUAUCGACAUGCGCUGGAAAAAGGCCGACAAUAGCGACGCUCGGUCGUGGGUCGAUUUUCUACGCAACACAGACGCACGCGGCGUCGAGGUUGUUAUUGCGCGGUUCAACAUUAUGGUUAAGUGGUGCGUGUCCGAGAUAGUGCUCACUCAGGACCUCGAGGAGCGGGCAAGGUGCCUAAUCAAGUUCAUCCACAUCGCUGGGCACUGUCGACGAUACCGCAACUUUGCCACCAUGUCGCAGAUCGCCAUUGCCCUCACCAGUCCCGAGGUGUCGAAGCUGCAGCGCACUUGGGCCAUGGUGCCGGCUAGUGACCUGACGACGCUUCAGCAGCUCGAGGCGCUCGUCAGCCCGACUCGUAACUUUUACAACCUCCGGGCUGAGAUGGAAGGGGGUGAUGUUGAGAGUGCAACCUCGGGCUGCAUCCCAUUUGUGGGCAUCUACACGCACGAUCUUCUCUUCAACGCGCAACGCCCCAGUGAGAUCGCGAGCAGCCCUACAACCGCCCCGCUGGUCAACUUUGAGCGUUGUAGGUGUGCUGCCAGCAUCAUCAAAACACUGCUGCGGCUUCUCGAGGCAAGCUCGCUGUACACGUUCCAGCCGAUAGAAGGCAUCACAGAACGCUGUCUCUGGAUGGGGGCGCUGUCAGAUGAUGAGAUUAGAAGGAUCUCGGAGGGAUUGGAAUGA